AUGGAGGCCGUUGCUUGCCCUGACCACAGCGACAAAGAGAACACGAUCCCUCCAUUCUUCCCAAGGGCAAAGCUGACCGCCCCGGUUCGUGAAAACGGGUCAUCUUCCCAGAGAUGUAGUAGCAUAGGGUUAAGGAGGGAGCCUCUUGCAGAUAUAACCAACCUCCUGGUGGCUCCUCUACCAACUGCAACUCUUUCGUUCUCUUCCUCUGUCUCUGCAUCAAAUUCUCGGAAAAGAAACGCAAUUCAUGAGCGUAAUACCAUUCAAGUCACCAGCUCCAACUCCAAGUUUCUAAGGAUGGGUUUCAGAUAA